AUGGUACACCUUGUGGCUGUACCAGAGACAAUCACGGCAAGUGGCUGUGCUUGUGUCUUUAUUGACACCAUCUUCCGACUUCAUGGGUUGCCCCGUGAACUCGUAUCAGACAGAGAUCCACGAUUCACUGCUGAUUUCUGGCGUUCCGUGUUCAAAUCACUCGGAACGCGCUUGAAGAUGUCGACAUCUGAUCAUCCAGAGUCAGAUGGUCAGACGGAACGUGCCAAUCGUGUCCUAGAAGAGAUACUUCGAGGAUACGUACACUCCUUUAAGAUGUGGAGUGAGUUUUUGCCAAUGGUAGAGUUUGCCAUUAACAACUCGGUGCAUGCGUCCACGACACAUACACCGUUUUACGUGAAUGGCUUGCGCCAUCCGCGUGUACCCACCUUACUAGAGUGUAACUCUGAUUUAAGGGGGGGAGGGACUCGCGCGAGCAAAAACCGAUUUGGUUCACGCUCAUCACGCUCUGACGAAGAAGUCAUUGCGUUUGAUGCCGAUAUCGAUAACAUCUAUAUCGAAGAAGAUGAUGCCAGUGAGAGUGCGGAAGCCCUCACUGAAGAAAAGGUUGUUGUCGCUGCAGUGCGCUCACAGCACACUGAAGCUAACGAGUCAUCAGAUGAGUUCAUACUGGCUCGUGAAACGGUAGUCCGUUUUUGUGCAAGACUCCAUCGCCGAAGCGGUGGAUAA